AUGCCGACGAAGCGCGACACCAAAGUUGGAUAUUUCUUUACCUCCUUUCCCGUCGACGAUGAAGCCAUCUAUAUGCAUCUCUCCAAUGGCAACGAUCCUUUGUCCUACCAAGCUCUUUCCCUAGAUGGCACACCGGAAACGCAAGCCAUCCUCCGCAGUGACGUUGGCACCAAAGGCGUCAGAGACUCCUUCAUCGUGCCUUCCCAAGAUGGAAGCAAAUUCUGGCUCAUUGCAACCGAUUUGCUCGCCAACAACUUCACCAACGACUUCAACGCAGCCACAAGAUUCGGAUCAAGGCAACUAGUGAUCUGGGAGUCCGAAGACCUUGCUACCUGGGGUGAGGCUCGUCUCACGCCUAACCUCGUCAACUCCACUGCUGGAAAUGCUUGGGCACCUGAAGCAUACUGGGAGCCUCUCAUUGACGCUUACAUCGUCGUUUUCGCUUCUCGCUUCUGGCCUGAUGCCGACCCUGAUCGUACUGGCCCUCAGCCUCCUAACAAACUUAUGUACGUUACUACCACCGAUUUCGUAACUUUCUCGGAAGCACAGUUAUACUUCUAUCCUGGCUACCCUGUCAUCGAUGCUACCUUCAUCGCAACUCCCGAUCAAGGACCCAACGUCUGGUACCGCUGGAUCAAAUCAGAAGUCGACUACACAAUCUACCAACAACGCUCUGAGAACGGCAUUCUCGGCGACUGGGUCAAUGUAGGAGGUGCGUCCGACUAUGUCCGCGUGACCUUUGCUUCCCAGUAUUCGAACAAUGAGGGUCCUCUGAUCUUCAGGGACAACUUGGAUGCUGGGAAGUUCCAUCUCUGGAUCGAUGAGAAUGAUUUGCAGACUUAUAUUCCGGCUACGGCAGAUACUCUGGAUGAUAUGAGUGCUUGGGUGCUUGAUGAUAUGAGUGGAUUCCCCAACGAUAUCAAGCAUGGAAAGGUUUUGGCUGUGAAUCAGCAGCAAUAUGAUGCCAUCCUUGCAAAGUAUAAGGUUGUUGCAUCGUAG